AUGGAAACUUGGAAAAAUCAUACUCAUAGUUUGUUUUCGUUGUUCGCGAUAUUCCCUUUCUGGACUGCUGCUGCUGUUGCGAUGAGCAUAAAUGAUGGAGGUUAUCAUGGUGCUGCAGGCGAUGGCGGCGGAGGUGGUGGCGGCGGCGGCGUUGGCGGUGGUGGUGGUGGAGACGGCGGCGUCGGCUUUUUAGCUUGUCUUUGCCGUCGUUAUCGUUGGGUAGGAUUUGCUGGUAGUGGUGGUAGUUUCGGUGGUGCUCAUCAUCAUCAUCAUGGUGCAGCUGCAGCUGCAGGCGCAGGCAUAGGCUUUGGUGGCACCGAUUUCGGUGGAGCUGGAGGAGGAGGGGGCUGUGGCGGCGGCGGCGCUGUUGGUGGAGGAGGAGGAGGAGGAGCAAGUGCAUGUUAA